GCUUUGCUGCGGCCACGUCUCGGCAUGGCGAGCUCUGCGCUGCGGGCCGAGCUAGAGCAGCGCCUCGGCGCCCUGGCCAUCCACACCGAGGUCGUGGAACACCCUGAGGUCUUUACAGUUGAAGAAAUGAUGCCUCACAUCCAGCAUUUGAAAGGAGCACACAGCAAGAACUUAUUUCUUAAAGACAAAAAGAAAAAAGGCUACUGGCUGGUGACAGUUCUUCAUGAUAGACAAAUUAAUUUAAAUGAUCUUGCCAAACAGUUAGGUGUUGGAAGUGGAAAUCUACGAUUUGCUGAUGAAUCAGCCAUGCUUGAAAAACUUCAAGUUCGACAAGGCUGUGCCACACCGUUGGCACUCUUUUGUGACCACGGAGAUGUGAAAUUUGUUCUGGAUUCUGCUUUUUUGGAAGGUGGACAUGAAAAGGUCUACUUUCAUCCAAUGACUAACGAUGCGACCAUGGGAUUGAGCCCUGAAGACUUUCUCACUUUCGUGAAGAAUACAGGACACGAUCCAAUAAUAAUAAAUUUUGAUAAAAAUACCUAAUUUGGGGCAAGGGAAAUGACUCAGUCAUUGACCAAACCUGAGUUUGAUCUCUGGUACCACAUGCUGGUUACCACCAUCCCCAUUCAGCCCUGGAGGCCUCCCGACCCAACACCUUGAGGAGAGGCCCCAGACCUCCUGAGUACUGCUUGGGAGCCCCCCACAACCCCGCAAUAAACAAACAGCUAACUUGGCAAAUGCUUAGAAUAAAUUUAUUUCUGAAUGUUGUUCUUCCUGUUUAUAAUUUACAAAUAGCAUUUAAAAGAAUUAAGAAUACUUAGCACCUAGGAUUGAUGACUAUCAAAAUCAUCUUAGGAGAAAUAUUUGAUCUAAAUUCAAAAGUUUUUACAUUUUUUGAUUCUGGGGGUAGAACCCACUCAUUUAAAAUGCUAGGUACAUGCUCUCCAACUGACCCACAUUCCCACCCCAAGGAUAUUUUUUAAAAAGAAGAUAGUAGGUAAUUUUAGUCAGUUCAGACAGACAUUUCAUCCUCUAAGUCCUCAAGACAUUAUUCAUUAUAGGAAAACCUUAAGUAAUUAAGAAUAAAUUAACACUGAGACUAAAGACAAAUUGACUAACGUGUUAACUAUCAUCUUUAGGAUGGUCAUUAUAGAUGAAAACAAGUUGUAAAAAAUAGCAUAUAUAAAAGUAUCCUUGUUAGUAUAGGCACAGAAAUCAAAAGGAAUAUAGAAAUAAAUUAUUGAUAAUGGCGAUCUUUAGAGAAUGUGGAAUGGGGAGCAAGAAAUUUGCAGCAAAGAGCAUUAUGUAUUUCAUAUAUGAAAACCCACCAAUUAGUUUGUAAACUAAGGUGCCUAAAAUGAAAUACAGGUGAUCAGGAACCAAAGGCAAACACUAUUAUCCGGUGUUUUUAAACCAUUUUUCCCCCUAGUGGAAAUUAACUUUCCAUGAAGUAUAUCUAUAAAGUUUUAAUAUACAAAAACACUCAAAUGGAAAAUGUUUUAUCAUUAUUCUAAUACAAUUAACUUAUUUUAGUGAUAAUGGGGAUUGAAACCAGGACCUCACACACCCAAACUAAGCUAAAUAUUGAGCCUAAAAUUAAUUUUAAAACUAACAAGUUAUUAAGGAUUUGUUUAGGAAUUGU